UAUAUAUAUAUAUAUAUAUCAGUUCUUUAAUUAUAACAUCGAUAUAAACUACAUCAGUGUUAGUCUGGCUUGCUGAGAUUCAAUUGCUGGACGUAGGUAAGGUAAAGUACAUCGAAGUCCAACCUGCCAUUCACUGUAAUAACGUGAGACUUCCUGCCACUACCUACAGUACCCAACUGUGUUGUCUCCACGCCAUACAUAUACCAGGAUACUGUAAAUACAUAUAUCCAUCUGAUGGUACAGGGUGUGUUAAUGGUUGAGUGAUGGUACAAGGUAUAGUGUCAGUCGGUGUACCUUCCAGUGUGGUCAACUCAGGAAGUUGAGAGAUAAUGAGGGUGAUAGUGUGGUGGUGAUGACCAUAGUGAACACGGUGUGGAGUAACGUCACACUCUUAUUAGCCCUUUAGAAGGCAGCGGCCCAACUUGGGUAUUUUAUUUCAGCUAACGCCAAUGAUUUUAUUCAGCUGAGAGAUACCUCUGCCCUCUAGAGUAAGGUCAAGUGUGUUGGUUCAGAGAUAAAUGGUUCAAAAAAAUUAUUAAGAAAUAUCAAGUCUAAGUGUCAUACUGGAACUAUAAUUUCUACCUGAACCUAUUUGUACUUUAUAUUUAUUAUGAAACUUCUUAGUAUGCAUCUGUGACUGCCCAAGUUGUUGUAUUAUUAAUGAAGGAAUACUCGCAUCUAUUCCCAUUAAAAGAAGCGUCAGUGUUUACCCUGAAGAAGAUAAUCUGAGAGGCGUUCAUCCUGGAGUGGGUCCGCCAGCCAUCAUGGCAGCAGCCGGGGGCCUCGCACUCCACCAAGGAAGACCCACCACAAAGCUAUCACAUCCCUGCCUCCCUUGGGUGGCGGUGUGCCUACUGGUGUUGCAGUGGGUGGCGGCCUCACCGACCACUUCAUCUACGACCCCAACUGUGACCUCAACCAGUGCACGGUCAUUCGAAGACCUUUUCCCAAAUUUAGACGCACCUGAGCUCCACGCUAUUCCUCGCUGCGCCACUGGCAUAGAAGACGAGUGUUUCUUGCCCAGCCUUCAACCCAUGGGUUGGCAGUCUGCCCACGCGUUCUGUCGAAGCAAAGGAGGGUUUCUAGUAGGAAGAGACAAGCUUUGGCAGAUAAGGAACAUUUGGCCUCCCAAAAAUUUGACCUGGCUUGAGAGUAAACUCACCAAAGCUGUGGACGUCUUGACCUCCCCCGUCAGGAACCUCACCCUUCAUGACCUGACAUGGACGGCCCUCACUCAUCAUGAAGGACACUAUCAGUGGAUGUCUCGGUCCCCGGCAUGUCCUGCAGCCGUGGGGGAGUUUGUGGCCUGGUCUGAGGAGCCCCAUGUCUGGAACAGAAGUUGUGCUGCCUUUCAUCUCCACAGCCAGAGCUUCCGUCUUCAUUCCUGUGAUGACCUUCUCCGAUUCUACUGCCUCAUGUAUCCUACUCCAUUGGAAGUGGAAUUGGACAGCAUUGAGCUACGUGUCACAGUCAACAUGGAGGUGAAGGAUGACUGGGUGAGAGUGAGAGAGGAAGAGUUUUCCCAACUCUCCCUCACCUGUACUGCCCAUCACACCACCACAGGCCUUCCUCUCACUCACCAGCCACCCAUAUUCUGGAGUAAGGAUGGAGUCUAUAUCAACUCUCACACCAAGGUACAAGUUCCAGCAAUCAUUCAUGACUCUACCAAGUCAUCCUGGACGGAGGAACACACUCAUAUUCUCCUGAAGCAGGGCACCUUCUGGUGUGAAGCAUGGGUCACCAGGUCAGUCGACCGCCUAGUGAGUAACAAGGUUCUGGUAACAUUGGACAACUGGUUAGUGCUCAUCCUCACUGCUCAUCGCUAUGAGGCUCCUGGGGUCACUCUCCAAAAUAGCAUCAGUGACAUACGUCACACCUUCGCUGCACCCUUUAACAAUUAUAAAUAUACAAUAGACCCCAUUUCUGUGUUCAAAAAGGAAUUAGGAACAGCCAAUGUUCUCGCUAAAUACCGCUUCCAGGUGCAUAUUCCUGGCAUUAUUGACUCUUCCAGUAGGGUCCUAGAGCUUUUCCAAAUUUAUAAUCAAGAAUAUGAAAAGCUUUAUGAAGCUCAUGGCUACCUAAAUUCAUCCUCAGCUGCUCUCUCAACAUACUGCUUGAAUCACACAGUAAAGUACAACAAUGGUAAUCACAUCAAGUGGCCACUUACAAGAGUAGGGAAGGCGAACCCUCUUAAUUACAGGUGUGAAAUUUAUGGCAACAGGUUACAACCAGGUCAUUGUCGGUGGAAUUAUACUCAUGGAGCUACAAUAGAUUUUGAUCCCAGCAGGUGUAAGAGGUUUGACUAUUGUCCCCACAACUACAUUAGCAUCGCAGACCACAUUUGUCUCUCGUUCACCAAUCCAGACAGUUGGGAGAUCGGCUUCAAUGAUAUUUAUAAAAACGGUUAUGAGAGAAGUAUUCUUGAUUCCAUUGAUUUUCAUAAGAAAGAAAUGGAUGGUUAUUCUGUUUAUGACACAGUGAAGCAGUUUUUAGGAGAGAAUAUGGGAUACAAUCAAGUAUGGCUGCCAGUCAAAAGACUUGUGCCCUGGGGCCCUCUCACCUUCCUCGGUGCAGGAGCUUCAGACUACCCAUACUAUCUCUAUAAGGGGUCAAAACUCUUCAACAUAUCAUGGGCACAACACCAUCCCAACCCUGACAAAGACUGUCUGGCACUUGAUAUAGAGACAGAUAAGCUGUUAACUCGACCUUGUGAGAAUACCCUCCCAUUUAUUGGUCUGUUGAGCAUGCACGGUUUGAAGAAAAUUCCAGAUCCAAACUGGAAACAAAGUGUUCCAGAAUUAAUUGUUAACGCAUCCUGCGAUCCAGGUUGGCAUUCAACUGGACUUAAAAUUCACCAAGAUAUAUGUUACAAAAUGUUCCUAAAUGUAGAAAACUCCAGUUGGGGGAAAGCUAAAGAGUUUUGUGAGAGGAACAAUGCACAGUUACCUACACCAGGUGUAGGCUUCUUAGACUGGGUGUACAGACAGUAUUUAUAUGACCAAGGUGUGGAUGAUGUAUGGAUGAGUAUAGAGCCACUACAUCAGACUAACUUAGGUGAAGAAAAUUCAGGAGUAGAUAUGAUCAACUGGAAGGCAGACACUGAUUAUUCACUUCAGUUCACAUCACUCACUGUUGAUGGCUGGUCCAGGGAAGAAGGAGGCACCACCAAAACAAACAUAUUAUGCCAGAAAGUUCCUCCAGUAGUGUUACCAGUUCCCAUUCAGGUCCACAGCAGUGAAUAUACUGCAUCAAAAACUGUGUGUGUAGAUAUUAGCCAUGAAGGAAGGCUGAAUACUGACACUGAUGACCUUAAGUGUUUUAUGAAUGGUAGAUUAAGGGACCUUAAAAGUGGCAAUAGUUUAGAUUGUUUAUAUAAAAUUGAGCAAGUUAGUCAAGGUUCCUUUUACUGCCAAGCUUGGAUGAUGAAACCUUUCCAGUUGGUUCACUUCAAUAUUCUAAUCAAUAGAAAGCCACAAACCUUAACAUUUGCUGUGAGUCUGUCCCAAGAAACAGCCUACAUACCCAGGCUCCAUGAUGCUACAUUUAAUACUUUAGUCCCACAAAGAGUGAAUUCCAUGCCCUGUGUACAUUCCUUUAUAAGGAAACUUAAAGUUGAGUUAGAAAAACUAAAACUUUCAAAUGUGCUAAUAAAUGCAGACAAUUUCUUUUACUCAGUUGAUGUAUCAAAGAAAGAAUUAAGUCAUAAUUUCCUCGUGGAAUUUGAAUUUAUAGACAACAAGGCAAUGUUGACAGAGGGAAAUAUGUUUGAAAUGUUUGAGAAAAUAUUUGCAACAAAGGAAAAUUUCUCUGACUGCUCCAUUUAUAGCAUAAAGAGCACUGUAGGUUGUGUCAGUGAGGUCACGGUGGACUACGGUAUCAGCAUCAGGAAUCUCACUUGGCCUAAGAAAGAAGCCAGUGGUGUUGUGCUGCCUGAGGAGUUGUGCGUCACUGAGGGAGGAGAACCAGUGACCCGAGAGUGUGUGGGAGACUUCCUGGUCGGCUACCAAUGGAAGACGCCGUCUGGAAACUGCACAGAGGAGCCUUCCAAUAUCACCAAGCAGCUGUGGGAGAUGAACAGGAACAACUCAUCUUCAUCACCUGAUGCCAUAACAACACUCUCCAUCCUCACUGCCAAUGGAAGUUUACUUAAACCAGUUGACAUACACCUCAUUGCUACCAAGUUUCAGAACCUAACAAACAAAGAAAUAGUGACCAAAAAUGACCUAGAAAAGAUUGUUGACACCCUUAAUAAUGUCAUGGAAGCUGAUGAUAAGGUAUUUGAGUCAGUUCAAAAUAGAUUAAAUUCUUCAAGUAUUCUCUUUGAAGCAUUUGAGAACAUCACAUUUAAGGUCAAACUUAGUGAAGGUGAUGAGAACUUAAAAGCAAUCAGAAAACACAUAUCAGUUGAAUGCCUGGAUUUAGAAAUAAAUUCUCCUAUCAUUGGUUACAUGUCCAUGGUAGAAGGACAGAAGGAAGAAACAGUGAAACAGGACUCUAAAGUUGACUUCAACGGCAGCGAUGCUGCUAUUAUCUUUCCUAGAAACCUCACUCAUAUUGUGGCUACCAACUCUGGCAAACUCGCCAAAAUGCAGACUGCUAGAAAGAAGUUACAAUUAACUUUUGCUGUUUACAGAACUUCAAAGCUAUUUCAAGAUCAUAUAUCCUUUCCCAAUCACUCAGUCAAUAGUCAUAUCAUCCAAGCUACAUAUAAUGGUCAGGUUGUCAAAGAUCUCAAAGAACCAAUAAAAAUAUUCUUCAGACCUAACAAACAAGGAAAUGAUUCCAAGUGUGUGUAUUGGGAUUUCACAAAGAAUUCAGGAAGAGGUGGUUGGUCAAAUACGGGUUGCUGGGAGGGUGAACCUGAAGGUGACCUCCAAGUUUGUUUCUGCAAUCACUUAACUUGUUUUGCUCAACUUAUAAACUACAACGAUGAUGAACUUGAAGGUGUCCAUGCCUUAGCUCUUGACAUCAUAACAAUAAUUGGGUGUUGUUUGUCAAUAGUCAGCCUGUUGUUGGUGUUUACUACAUUCUUGUUGUUCAAGAAGUGGAGACGGUCCUUAAGCAACAAAAUUCUGGUUAAUCUGUCCUUAUCUGUUUUCUGUAGUAUAGUGAUCUUCUUGGCAGGAAUUAAUCAGACCUGGAAUGUAAUCUUGUGCAGGAGUGUUGCUGUAGCCCUUCACUACUUCAUCCUGGCCUCCUUUGGCUGGAUGUUGGUUGAGGCUGUGCACCAGUACUUGAAGUUUGUCAAGGUGGUAGGCACUUAUAUUCCCAGAUUCAUGUGGAAGGCAUCUGUAAGUGCUUGGGGGGCACCUGUGCUACCAAUUAUUGUUGUUCUUGUUUAUGACAGUACAUUGUAUGACAGUGGACAUAGUAAUUCUGAUGCUAAAAUAUGCUGGAUGUCCAGUGAAGGUUUUAUGUAUGCUUUCCUACCACCACUGGUGCUGACAAUGACAGUCAACUUGAUCAUGUUCUGCCUCAUCAUCUACGGUGCUACCUGUGGUCGUGUUCGUGUUACCUCAACCAUGUCUGACAAGGAACUCGUAAUGAGCCAGUUGAAAAUGGCCAUAUGUGUUUUCUUCCUCCUUGGUUUUACCUGGAUCUUUGGUAUCUUGGCCAUUUGGAAAGGACGCCUCCUAUUCUCGUACCUUUUCUGCAUUUUCAACACUCUCCAAGGUUUCUUCUUAUUCCUGUUUCAUGUGUUUCGAGAACGAAGUGCCAGGAGGCUCUGGAAAGAAUUUCUUUCUGUCAUAGAGAAGAAAAUAACUUCUUCUGAGCAAAUAAAUUCUCAAAAUAUUAACAAUUCGAUGCAAUACAAAAAUAAUUCAAACAGUGUAACUUUUAACCAAGGAAGAGAAAUAUCUAUUAACCCUCGCAGAUCCCCCAACAACCAGGGACCCAGAGGAAGUGUUCAGUCUGCUCGCACCAUCUCCAGUUUCCUUCACUCCCGUGCCAGUUUUAACCGUUAAACAAUCUGCAACUUUUUCUGCAGCUGCUUCAUGUUGACAGCAUGAAGUUAGGAGGUGCCUAUGGUGCUUAUAUUCAUGAGUCACAUAGUACAGGACAAGGAACACAAAAGAAGUUCAACUAUCAUGAGACACAAACAAUAAAACAGCAAGUAUUACAGUAUCUGUGUUUGACCUGAGGUGAUGACAAGCAUUGACAUUUUAAGUACAAUACCAAAGUAGGAGAAUGAUGGUCUAAAUUUGCUAAUACCUUAUUAACAAUUGAGUGGAUACAACAUUCAUUCACCUCUUUGUCCCUAAUGGUUGCUGUGGUUUGUACACUGGGCACCCUUAGUCCAUCCAGCUGAACUGAAUUUUACGGUUGGGGAAGUGAAAGCAGUUGAGUGCAGUACUGUACUGGACACUCUAUCACUCUGUGUACUGAUGGCUUAUCAUACACCGGGCAUCAGAUCGAAAUGAGAAAGCACAUAUAGUUUAAGUACAAAGUAUUAUAUCGUAUUGAACUCAACUACUGUACUAUAUACGGUAUAAAAACAUUAGAAUUAAGGUUAUUAGCGAAGAGUAAUAGAAAACCUGAAUAUGCUCAAAUAUAGUAAUUAAUACCUUGAGGUUAUUAUAGUAAAGACUUGAGGUUAUUAUAGUAAAGAAGACCAAGUUAACUCACAAUACUAUUCAGCGCUCAGUACAAAAUACACUUGUGUCACCUCAUCUAACUGUUGAUAGUUAGUGAGAUGUACUCUUGUAUAUUUAAUCCUCAGCUUGAAACAUUUGUCCUCAGAAAAUUAUCACUAAAAAUCUCAUCUGACUUUUGCCAUUUCCCUCCCUGGAAGAAGAGAAUUUCACACUACAGUAUAAUGAAGACUAAACACUUGUCACUGCCAACUUGUGACAUGGCUCAAGCAAGAGUCACUGUGGAUAAGACAGUAUAGAUAACAGUCACAGUAUAUGUAUGUGUGGUGGCCAAGUGGGUCCUGUGCUCGUCUCCUAUCUGUCUUAAGUGUCUCUGGUUUGCCAUGAAAAGGAACCUAACUUUACAUUUAAGGAAUGAUGGUGGCUACAGCCUCCUUGUGUAUCAAAAGUGAAAUCAACAUGAACUAAGCUACUGUGUUUUGUGAAGUACCAAUCACUGAACAACAGAGGUUUUAGUGUGUGUGUGUGUGUACAUAUUUUAUUUGUAAAUAUAUGUAAGUUUGUACAUAUGUAACUAUAAAUAUUACUCAGCACAGUUUAGUACUACAGUAACAGUACAAUACUAAGCCAAGAAAUCCUCAACAUAUCAGCUGUCAUCCUGUUACUUGUUCAACAUGUACUUCAGGAUCCUUCAGCAAAUAUAUAACUGUACAGAGCUUUUAAAUUUAAGUAAUAUGUAUUAUAUAAUCAUUAAUGUUUUAUUCCCUUAUUAAAUCCAUAUUUGAUACGUAAGAUGACUGUGGACACUACCAGUGACAUGAAGUAGUGCAGUACUAAAUGGUGUACAGUACUGUAAUUUGAGAUAAAAAUAUUGAAUGCCUAAAAUAAAUACAUACAGAUACAGGUACAAUAUAAAUAUUUUCACAAUUAACACUAUGUACAUAUAUUACAAUUACUAUUCAUUUACUCAUAAGAAAUUAGUCAAAUUAGAUCACAUUUUACUGUAAUAUUGGGGUACAGCAGUCAAGUGGAUACAGCACUUGCCUCCUGUUCUAUGGGUUCACUCUUGGCACACCCCGGUCCACCCACUUAAGUUACCAAACUUUACAUUUGGGGAAAUAAAACCAAUUAAGUGCAGCUGUCCACAAUGCCUCCUUCUGUCCUCAAAAAUGGCUGCCGGGUGUUACCAUAUAUCCAUAAUAACCAAUGGCACAUCUUAGAAUACAUAUAAUACUAUUCAGGUUACAAAUUUAGAAGUACUGUAUACUUUUUAGAUCUUUAUUUACAUUAGUUUGCUGUACACUACCCAUGUACAUCAUGAAUGUUCCCCCAGCAACUUAUCAUGUGAUGUUGACAUUAAGUUUCAGUUAAAUCAUUUCUAAGAAGAUAAUGCUUCUUAUGACAGUAAAUAUUGAAGUUUUACAAGACUGGAUAGGUGGCUGGUCAAACAGGCUGCAGUCCUGUUCUAAUGGUCCACAAUCCUAAUGGUCCAGAUCUAUUGGUCCACAGUCCUAAUAGUCCACAAACUUAAUGGAUGGGUGAAGUUAAGUAAGAGAUUGCUCAUACUGUAGCCCACUUGACCUACAGCCACAGGAAAGUAUGUACAUUACUUUACAAAAACUUACACAUCAUAGAGAAUGGAAAGAUGUGUUGAAUGCCGUAAUAUAAACACUGGGUAUCUCUAUUUAUACGUUUGUGUACAUAAUCACUGGUUUACAUACAGAGAUUAAACACAGAAGCGUAACAAUGAAUAUCAGCUUCUUCUACGACUGUUGGGAGAAAACAAGACAAGUAUUUCAAGGUGAUGUCUGACCCCCACUGAAAUUUCUAACAGGAUAUGUAGCUGUGGCAAAAUAUGGACAGAGAAUGCAGUGUCAAACUCAGCCUAGAUAUCCUAACCCACACCAUAGGAUAAAGAGCAUUACCAUGACCCACCUAAAUUACUGUCUAUAUCAAAUCCCAUACUGUAUUGAUUUGCUCAGUAAUUCUAAAAAGGCAUUGCAGACUGAAAAGAAAUGGCUAUAAAUCAAGGGCAAGUUUGAUUAUCAUCAUUUUCCAUCUUUAUUCAACAACUUAUGGACCCUAUUUUAUAUAAGGAAUUUUGAUGAGGGGCAUUCAGCACCUUUAAUGAGUGUCUAAUUUUUGUACUGUACCUACCAUGCUGUUGUCUAGCACAGGAGUAAAAUAUCAUAUCAAGAUCAUUAUUGAUGAAACUUAUCAUUUCAAAUUACCUUCACCAUUCUUACACACAUGAGAUAUAACUAAACUAUUUACAUGAUCAUUCUGGCAGUGUACAGGAUCAACAGGCCAUUUACAUAAAAGGUCUUUCUGUAUUUUACUACUUUGUAUAAAUACUGUAUAUACUUUGCCCUUUGACAAAACAAUUUUAGCAAAUGUAUUUUGGACUUAUGUUUUUAUACACAAUGUCUAAGACAAGUAAUAUGCACUGAAUUACCUGUAUGUACCUUCAUACAAGUAUUUCUUUAUGCAUUAAUUCUCCAACAGUCAUUUUCUGUAUUUGUAAACAUCUGUUAAGUGAGCCUGUUUCAUGAGAGAUGGCUGGUAAUAAGUACUGUUUUGUGAAGGUCAGUACAAUAAAUCCUCUGAAAUAAAAACUGAAUGAUAUCAAA